AAGAUUUUUUAAAAACUUUGUAGAAUAAAAAGCACCACACAAAAUAUGCAAUCCUAAUUUUGAAGCAACAGUAUUAUCUUCCAACUAUCACAACAUUCUCGAUCAGGCCAAGAAUAUUGAGAGACUUUAUGGGGUGCCUCUCAUUAUAGUUCCGGCAAGAGGGAUCCUCAAACGUUCGAUAUGCUCUUUUAAUUAUGAAUCACUUAAACUAAAUAUAGAUCUUAGCGUUGUAAUUAUAGAAGGAUCCAAACAAUAUUGAUAAAGGAAAAUAUGCAAAAUAGCAGAACAUACUACCAAUUGUACAAAUCUUGCUUGUAGUUAAGGUGACACAGUACAAAGGCUGGGAAUGUCAAGUGUGAUGAUGUAGCCAAAUAAAGUCAAAAAAUAUGACUUUUGAAUAAAAAUUGUUAUUUCUCGAACCUUAGUUUACCCGUUUACUGGUCAUUUGGAAGGUAAACAGAUAAAAUCUUUACUUUUCACCUGCAUUUUGAUCAUUUAGUGGCUCUAAAAGUUGACUUUUUGUUUGGCUCAAUUUUUGAGGAAAUUUCCUUCAUGAAAGUUGUAGAGGACGUUAAACCAAGUUCAUGGACACAUGGCACACUAAAAUCGGAGUUGUAACGAAGAAGUUAUAAGGGUUUUAAGUUAGUAGCAGUUUUGUAAUUAUGUUGAAUUCGUGUCUAUAAAUAGCAAGCUGACUUUCCAUUUCGGAAAAGUCCCUGAAAUUUCCAAAUUUUUUCCUCUCUCGCCGGCUUAACUUCCUUGCUUCACCGCCGCUUCGUCCGGCCACCUAUGGCCAUGAAAUUGGUAUCAAUAUCUUCGUCUUGAAACAAGAUUUCCAUCCAUAUAUGAUUUGCAUCCUAUCAUCCACCACUGACGACGAAUUGAAGCCAAGAAGGUGACUGUAGUAGAUUGGGUUUUUGGGGCUAUUUUCAGAUUUCUGGCCAAACCAUCUAGAAUUUGGAGAAAUCCCAAGAUAUAAAGUUGUUCCUUACCUCAUGGACUUUCUUUUGAGUAUAAUAUUGCAUAUAAAUUUGAAGAUUUUGGAAGCUGGAAUUCGGGUUACCUUGAGCCACUGCGGCUCUGCCGCCUCCGACGGCCUUUCAUAACCAUUUUUAUCCUUUUUAAGCUUUAUCAUACUGUUUGGUGUUGAGAAUAAAUUGAGAAAAUUGUGAAUUGGAAGUGUUGGAGUUAAAUGGAAGCUAGUGGAAGAAAGUUAAGAUGAAUAAUUGUUGAUAGAAAAGUUUGGGUUGAAUCCGAGAAGAAAAGGAGAUGUUGAUUUACGAGGAGUUGAUUUUAGAAUCGUAUUUAAUUUGUCGAAUUAUUGUUUACGGAUUAUAAUUGCACAGGGCGAUGUACCGAGAUACUGCUUGACAAAGAAACUCAUAUGCGUGGUUGCCUAAAUAGUACUGUGAGUGGACUUUUGAUUUUAAUUGAUGCAUGCAAAUUAAUUUCUGAAUUAUUGAAUUUAUUAAAUAUCAAAUUAUUUAUCAAGCACAUUAAUCAUUUUGAUCAUAAAUUAAUAUAUGGAUUGGACUUUCGGAUUGAAGUUUAUUAUGCUCGAUUUUAGACUUGUGAUUUAUGUUGAAAAUUCUGAGGUGAUUUCCAGAAUUUAUCAUUUAUAUUUUAAUUAUCAAUUUUCGAGAUUUUAGAUGGAUAUUCGGAAAUGGGAUUUCCAAAGGGAUUAUGUUUAUUUAUUAUUUUCCGCUUAAUUAUUGUUGAAUUCGAGAAUAUUUUGACGUGCGAGGCCACGUCAUCGGAAAAUAAAUUUGUAUUUUUUUCUCUCGUGAUAUUUUGGGGAAGCCUUACUGGUUUUCGAUUUUUGUAUAAUUUUAACCCACCAUACCUGGGUCGUUUUAUUUAUUUUUAUUGCUAGGUAGCCUAUUAGUACUCAUCCCCACUUACUAUGCGUUUGCAGCUGAGUUGAACAAGAACCUGGGAGGUUCAAGAGUCUGGGAGACUUCGACCCGAGCCUGGGAGGCUCCUUUAUUCGUAUGGAAAUAAGCGGAAUUGCGGAAAUCGAGAGAAAGUGAUAGAAAAUUGAGCAAAUUGGAGUUUUCGAGAAAAAGACAAAAUAGUGGCUCCAGUCAACCAUGAUCAAUGUCAGCGAGAGAAGUGAAACCCGACUACUUCCUUGAUGGUUGGUGGGGAAAUAUAUUGAGAUCGUGGAGAAGAUUAUACAUAUAUAUAUAUAUAUAUAUAUUUUUUUAUAUAUGUGUAUAUAUAUUGAGAGAGAGAAUAAAGAAAUAGAAAAAGAAAAAAAAAUGAAAUAAAAGAGGAAUGAAUGUUGCAGCACGGUCUGGCAAUUAAGCAAAUGGUCCUUAAUUAUCCUUUCCCCCUCAAGCCAAUUGUGUGCUGAUUACACGCAUUUUUAUGCAUGUAAUUGUAUCUAAAACACGAUAAAUUAGUUAGUCCUCAAGUCAAUUAUAAUGUAAUUAAUCCAUUUUUAUUUACUUGUAGGAAAUAAGCGGAGUUGCAGAAAUCGAAAGAAAAUGACGGAAAAAUUGAGCAAAAUGGAGUUUUCGACAAAAUGACGAAAUGGUCAACGCCAUCAAGGGAGUAGAAUCCAAUUGUCUCUGAUAACAUAUGCGGAAGUGCAUUGAGAACAGAGAAGAAAAAAGCAAAAAGAAGGAAGAAGAAAAGAAAAAAGAAAAGACAAGACAAGAAAAAGAGAAAAGAAAAGGGAAAAAAAAAAUUACUUUGCUGACGUCAUGAUGAUGUCAGUAUCAUAAUUCCUCCCCCCACGUGCUGCCUCUCUUUUUAUUUUUUAUUAUUAUUAUUUUUUUCCAUUUGUUUUCUUUUUCUUUUUCCACUCUUCCUCUCAAUUUUGGACACGUGGUACCUAAUCUCUUCUCUUUUCAUCCGUCCACACAUGCACCAUUCCUUUCCUAUGAUCCUUCUUUUGUCUCACACACCAGAACACUACAAUUAAAAAAUUCAAUCCCCUUCUUCCCAAAACAGAGAACAAGAGCCGCACCCUCUCUCUCUCUCUCUCUCUCUCUCUCUCUCUCCUUCUCCAUCACACCUCUCCACACCCUUUCUUCUCCUUACUAAGAUUCACUUUUCUCCUCACCAAGAUCCAUUUAUCACCUCACCAAGAUCUAUUUUCCUCCUCACCAAGAUUCACCUUACUAAAAUUCCAUCAAAUCCUCAUCAAUUUCUCAAAGGGAUUUCAAGGAGCUUCAAGGGAUCCCAUCUACAUCAAGACUUGAGAUUGGGUGUAUGAACGAAGCAUCUUCUUCAUAUCAACCGAUCACUCUUAGAAGCGGAAGGGUAUUGAGUGAGGACACUAGAGGGAGACCAAGAAGGAGGAUCCGAAGGCCAUUAGUGACCGAGAGUGCUCCACCUCGUGUUCUUGAUCAAGAGAGAGUACCUCUAAGACAUUCACAAGGAGAAGUCAACAUGGGAGACACACAAAAUCCUCCCCAAGGCAAGACUAUGAGGGAGUAUACUAGCCCCACUAUUGUUAAUCACCCUUCUUGCAUUGUACUCCCUCCAUGUGACCAUCACUUUGAGAUCAAGCCAACUACGUUGAGCAUUCUACCCACAUUUAAUGGCAUGGCUUUGGAAAAUCCGUAUGACCACAUUGCGGAGUUUGAGCAAGUGUGUACUACCGUUUAACCUAAUGGUCUCACUUGUAAUGGUUUGAAGCUUAGAUUAUUCCCUUUCACACUCAAGAACCAUGCAAGAAAGUGGUUGAGCAAGUUGCCUCCUAGAUCAAUAAGUACAUGGGUUGAGAUGCAAGAAACUUUCUUAGGAAAGUACUAUCCUCCUUCAAGAACUUCCAAUGUUAGAGAUGAGCUAAUUGCAUUCCGACAACUCCCACAAGAAAGUUUCCAUGAGUGUUGGGAGUGCUUUAAGGAUCUUGAGAUGUCAUGUCCUCACCAUGGGCUAGAGAAGUGGUUUCUUGUGGACAAGUUCUAUAGAGGAUUGAUGGCGGACCAAAGAGAAAGAGUUGACACUUUUAGUGGAGGAACUAUUGCAAGCAAGCUUCCCGAUGCCACUUGGGACACAUAUGAAGAGCUUUCACUUAAUUCCCUUCAUUGGGAUGAUCAUGAUGCAUGAAGUUUGAACCACUUUCAAUCCCUUCAGAUCUAUGAUUUUGAGCCAUCUACUUCUAGAGAAAAUGAGGGGUGGAAUAAGGAGGAAGAUUUACAUAUGCAUGGUAGCUCUAGGGAUAGGAGUUGUCCGGUCUACUCAUCACUAGGCGAGGCCUUGAGGGCUAAGAACCCUAGUGGGACCGUGACUACCCUUAGGGGCACUACCGAAAGUCUCACAUUUGAUCCACCUCUUGAUUUGAAUGCACCGGAGCCACCACUUCCUUAUCCUAAUGCCGCAAGAAGAGAUAACUCAAAGAGGGGUAAGAAGAAGAGUGGCUUGAUGAGGGAGAUACAAGAAAUAUUUAAGAAAGUGGAUGUCAAUAUUCCAUUGAUGGACCUCAUUCAUCAAGUGCCGGUGUAUGCUCAAUUUCUCAAGAGCUUGUGCAUGAAUAAAAAGAAAUUUAAAGCCGAUGAGACAUUUGAGUUGAAGGAGGAAGUAAGUGCAAUUAUCCAACGAAGACUACCACUAAAGAUGCAAGAUCCGGGGAGCUUUACCAUAGGGUGUACCAUAGGAGAGAAAGUGUUUGAAGGAGCUCUCAUGGACUUAGGGGCGAGUGUCAAUUUGAUGCCCUUGGCUAUAUAUCGGAAGCUACAAAUUGGUGAGUUGAAGCCCACAUCGAUUAGAUUGCAAUUAGCGGAUCGUAGCACAAGGCGUCUGGUGGGAGUUGUAGAGGAUGUGCUAGUGAGAGUAAAUAAGUUUAUUCUACAGGAAGACUUUGUAGUGUUGGAUAUGGGUGAAGACUCCUACCUUGAAAAUGAGUUACCUAUCGUUCUAGGCCGACCACUUAUGGCAACGGUGGGUGUGAAGAUCAAUGUAUUGAAGGGUACCAUUAGACUCAAUGUGUUAGGUGACAAAGUGAAGAUCAAAGUAUGCAAUCCAUUCUAUCCGCCAGACAUUAUGAAGGAGGUAUUCUCUAUUGAUUUGGUGAAGGGUAAUGAAGCUAAGAGUGAGCGGAUCUUUGGACCUUUGAAUCCUUCUAAGCCUACAAUCCGUGCACAAGAUCAUUUCUCACCUAUUUGGGGCUAUGACCAUGAACCACCAUUGAAGCAUGAUGAUGUAGUUCCUACUUCUACUUUGGAGCCUACUAUUAAGCUUAACAAGCAAACAACCCCUACUCUUGAGACUUAUGAGCAACACAAGAAGAAAAGUUCACCAUUGAGUGAAGCACAAGAGGAGUCCAUCAAGAAAUUAAGGGAGACUUGCGGAGUUGUGAAGAAGAAGGAAAUUCCAAAGAGGUAUGAUUGGCCUCCACCUCCAAGCGACAAGCUCGCUUCUUCAAUUGCUAGAUGUUUUGGAAAUGAUGGUGAGGCUUGCACAAUUGUUGUGGGUGGUAAGAAGACAUCCUUUGAGCCACCUUGAGGAAGAAAAGUGAAGAAGACCAGCUUGGGGUCUUUAAAAACAAGCGCUUCUAGGGAGGCAACCCUAGGUGGUUUUGAAAUUUACUUAUUCAUUUUGCAUCAAUAAGGCUUUUUCGCCAUCUUUUUGGGAGGAUGGGAGAUGUUCGGAGUUGGAAGUGUGAAGAAAGAAUGCACUCUGCAGUGGGCAGUUUUUAUUCAGAUGUUCAGUUGACUUUGGGAAACUAUAGUUUUCAAUAUACAUGGUAAUUUAAGAUGAAAAUUUCUGAAACUAUUAUCCUAUGGGUCUGCUAUCUUGUACCAAAAUUUGAGCCAUUCUGAGUCUCUGGAACUUCAGUUAUUUGGUGGUCAAUAUGUGAAGGUCAAAACAGAGACAGCUACUGUAGAGUCACUUUGGGAAGCUACAUCUUCUACAUCCCAAUCAAUUUGGAGCUAAAAUUUUUCAGAGAUGUGUUUUUAUAUGUCUUCUAUAUACAGGAGAAAUUUUUUUUAAUUUGAACCUUCCUAGCUUCAGAUAUAGUGUUCCAAGUAACAGAGGUCAGAAACAGGGCACAGCAGAAACUGCAGAACAGAUCAGUGAGUUUGGAGGCCAACGAUUUUUGACUCAUGAUAGAUUUUCAAGUGAAAUUUUAACUGUAUGUAUUUUCAUGAGUCUACUUUCAUUUCCGGUUGGUCUCACCCUCUUUGCGCCUCUAGAGCUUCAGAUAUUACAGUUUUGGUGACUGAGGGUCAGCAGAA